ACUGAGAAGAAAUCCUGUAAUAUGAAUGCCAAUGGAAGUCACCUUUCUUAGAGUUAAAUAAAAUCAGCUCCAACCUCCAUCUGACAAUCUGUGGGAACUGCCCCUGUUCCCAUGACUGAUUCUGUCCAUCCUGUCAUGGACAGGGUGAAAGUGCUUAUGGCUUGUGGUUAGGGUCUUAUGUCUGGUUCUGGAUUCUUGCUUCCUCUGAACUCCAUUGCUCUAUGUCUUACAUCUUGUGACAGUUUCCUUCUCUUUUUGCAGCGUUGAUCCCAUGUGGGACCUGACUCCUCUCCUUUGAUUGUUUUUCCUCCUUCUUCAGGCUAGUCAAAAAUACACACACACACACACACACACACACAUAUUGUUUUUCAGGUUCUUUUCCAUUACAGGGUUAUUACAAGAUUUUGAAUACAGUUCCUGUGCUAUGUGGUAGGUCCUUGUUGUUUAUCUAUUUUAUAAAUAGUUGCCUGUAUCUGUUAAUCACAAAUUCCUAAUUUAUCCCUUCCUCCCUCCCCUGAAGCCAACAAUUAUUGAACCACCAUUGUGUCCCUGUGAUUAGUCAAAAUUCUUUACAUGUAUCAACUCAUUUAAUCUUCACCAUAAUCACAUUAUUCUUGUUUAGAGAUAAAUAAGCAGAGGCAGGAAGAGGUUAAGUCAAAGUUCAUCUGCCAGUAACAGACACAAGCUUCAGAUACACUCAGUCUGGCUCUGGACGCACCUUCACACUUCUGGGAGCAGCUCCCUGAUCCCACAUCUCUUCUGUCCUCUUCCUUCUCCUGCUCUCUCUCCAACAACAUUUGAUGACUAUGGAGCUGAACUAAAACAUGUGGGCUCGUUCCAUUAUGUUGUAGAUCUGUGCUCCAGAAUCCACCUCAAGCAGGGCAGGAGAGGGGUGGAGGGUAGGGCUGUGACCUAUUGGAACAGCUGGUUCAUAGAAAGGGUAAAGGCCUGGCCAUUCGAUGGCAAAAGGGGAAGGGUAGAUGAAAGGGCACCACUGUGCCUUCCUGGUGAUGGGAGUCUUCUGUGCUGGUGAGUGGGAGGCCUCUGGGAAGGGCUGGGGGUAAGAAUGGGCUGUGAAGUGGACCCUCUGGGUCUGCUAUUGUGCUCAGGUGUCCUCAGAAACCCACCACUCCCAGCUGUGAACUGAUGGAGGGAGAGGGGGAGGGAGUCACAGAGGUUCUGUCCCUGAGGUCUCCACUUGUUUCUUUCUAUGCUUGAGGUCUUCUCCUAUUUUAAAAAUGGUAGGCAAUAAAUCCCAGAGUGCCUGAAACAGCAAAAAAAGAGAGACUCGCUGAAUGUACUUUCAAACCCUGAGACCCCGCUCUUGGCCAGGAGACAUGCAAACUCUUUUAAUAACCUUAUUCUGGACCUACUUAAAUGGAAACAGCCUCCAGUAUUUUUAGCUGCUGUGUAGCUGAAGUAAAAACAAAGGGGGGAAAUUUUGUAUAUAUUUUUUCCUUUCCUGGUUAGAAUAAGAAAGACUUGUUCAUUAUCUCUUAACUGAGUUUUUGCUGGGAAGAGAAGGGAACACCCAAGAGUCCCUCUUGGCUCCUCCCCUGGCCUGGAUGGGAUUUAAACCCAGAGAGGCCAGCUGAGGGAAUUAGAGAACGAGGGACAAGCACCAAGGUCUGCAGCCCCAGAGGCCUGGCUUCCAGGUAGCAGAAGUAUUGGAAGUGGUACCCUGCAGCCUCCAAGGCUUCCAGGAGCAUCAGUUCCCCGUCUCCCCAAGGAUGGGUCUCCAGGGGAGGUUCUGCUUCCCCCUGGUGCUCCUGCUGGGCUCUGUGCUCUUGGUGACCUCGGCCCCAGCCACUCUCGAGUCUUCUGGAUGCAGCGAGAAGGAGCAACAGGUUACCGUCAGCCACACCUACAAGAUCGACGUGCCCAAGUCUGCCUUGGUCCAGGUGGAGGCUGACCCCCAGCCCCUUCGUGGUGAUGGAACCUCUCUCCUGGCCCCAGAGGAGACCGAGGAACAGAAUAUCGUCUUCAGGCACAACAUCCGCCUGCAGACGCCACAGAAGGACUGUGAGCUGGCAGGCAGCGUGCGGGACCUCCUGGUCCGGGUGAAGAAGCUGGAGGAGGAGAUGGCGGAGGUGAAGGAGCGGUGCAGCGCAGAGCGCUGCUGCCCGGGAGCCGCUGGUCUAAGCCGCCACUGCAGUGGCCACGGGACCUUUUCCCUGGACACGUGCAGCUGCCACUGCGAGCAUGGCUGGGAGGGCGCCUACUGCGAGCGGCUCGCCUGUCCCAGUGCCUGCAGUGGCCACGGGCGCUGCGUGGACGGCCGCUGCGUGUGCGAGCCGCCCUACGUGGGCGCCGACUGCGCCUACCCCGCCUGCCCUGAGAACUGCAGUGGGCACGGCGAAUGCGUGCGUGGCGUAUGCCAGUGCCACGAGGACUUCAUAUCGGAGGACUGCAGCGAGCGGCGCUGCCCCGGCGACUGCAGCGGCCACGGCUUCUGUGACACGGGCGAGUGUUACUGCGAGGAGGGCUUCACCGGCCUCGACUGUGCCCAGGUGGUCGCCCCCCAAGGACUGCAGCUGCUCAAGAGCACGGAGGAUUCCCUGCUGGUGAGCUGGGAGCCCUCCAGCCAGGUGGACCACUACCUCCUCAGCUACUACCCACUGGGGAAGGAGCUCUCUGUGAAGCAGAUCAAAGUGCCCAAGGAGCAGCACCGCUACGAGAUCCUUGGUUUGCUGCCUGGAACCAAGUACAUUGUGACCCUGCGCAACGUGAAGAAAGAGAUUUUCAGCAGCCCACAGCAUUUACUGGCCACCACAGAUCUCGCUGUGCCUGGCACUGCCUGGGUGACGGAUGAGACGGAGAAUUCCCUUGACGUGGAAUGGGAGAACCCCCUGACCGAGGUGGACUACUACAAGUUGCAGUAUGGCCCCCUGACAGGGCAGGAGGUGGCCGAGGUCACCGUGCCCAAGAGCGGUGACCCUAAGAGCCGAUAUGACAUCACGGGUCUGCAGCCGGGGACGGAAUAUAAGAUCACAGUCAUCCCCAUGAGGGGAGACCUCGAGGGCAAGCCGAUUCUUCUGAAUGGCAGGACAGAAAUUGAUAGUCCAACCAAUGUGGUCACCGACCGAGUGACUGAAGACACAGUGGAGGUCUCCUGGGAGCCAGUCCGGGCAGUCAUUGAUAAGUACAUGGUGCGCUACAUCUCCGCUGACGGGGAGACCAAGGACACGGCGGUGCCCAGGGAGCAGAACAGCACUGUCCUGACAGGCCUGAGGCCGGGGGAGGCCUAUGAAGUCUACGUGUGGGCUGAGAGGGGCAACCAGGGGAGCAAGAAGGCGGACACCACGGCCCUCACAGAAAUUGACAGCCCCCAGAACCUGGUGACCGAGCAGGUGACGGAGAACAUGGCCACCGUCUCCUGGGCCCCGGUGCAGGCCGUCAUCGACAGGUACCUGGUGCGCUACACCUCUGCUGAUGGAGACACCAGGGAGGUUCCGGUGGGGAAGGAGCAGAGCAGCACCGUCCUGACGGGCCUGAGGCCAGGCGUGGAGUACACGGUCCAUGUGUGGGCCCAGAAGGGGGACCGGGAGAGCAGGAAGGCCGACACCAAGGCCCCGACAGAAAUCGACAGCCCCCAAAACCUGGUGACCGAGCAGGUGACGGAGAACACGGCCACCGUCUCCUGGGCACCAGUGCAGGCCAUCAUCGACAGGUACCUGGUGAGCUACACCUCUGCUGACGGAGACACCAGGGAGGUUCCGGUGGGGAAGGAGCAGAGCAGCACCGUCCUGACGGGCCUGAGGCCGGGCGUGGAGUACACAGUCCACGUGUGGGCCCAGAAGGGGGACCGGGAGAGCAGGAAGGCCGAUACCAAGGCCCCGACAGACAUUGACAGCCCCCAAAACCUGGUGACUGAGCAGGUGACGGAGAACACGGCCACCGUCUCCUGGGCCCCAGUGCAGGCCGUCAUCGACAGGUACCUGGUGCGCUAUACCUCUGCUGAUGGAGACACCAGGGAGGUUCCGGUGGGGAAGGAGCAGACCAGCACCGUCCUGACGGGUCUGAGGCCGGGCGUGGAGUACACGGUCCACGUGUGGGCCCAGAAGGGGGACCGGGAGAGCAGGAAGGCUGACACCAAGGCCCCGACAGACAUCGACAGCCCCAAAAACCUGGUGACCGAGCAGGUGACGGAGAACACAGCCACCAUCUCCUGGGACCCGGUGCAGGCCGUCAUCGACAGGUACCUGGUGAGCUACACCUCUGCUAACGGAGACACCAGGGAGGUUCCGGUGGGGAAGGAGCAGACCAGCACCAUCCUGACGGGCCUGAGGCCGGGCGUGGAGUACACGGUCCACGUGUGGGCCCAGAAGGGGGACCGAGAGAGCAGGAAGGCCGACACCAAGGCCCCGACAGACAUUGACAGCCCCCAAAACCUGGUGACCAAGCAGGUGACAGAGAACACGGCCACUGUCUCCUGGGACCCGGUGCAGGCUGUCAUCGACAGGUACCUGGUGCGCUACACCUCUGCUGAUGGAGACACCAGGGAGGUUCCCGUGGGGAAGGAGCAGAGCAGCACUGUCCUGACGGGCCUGAGGCCGGGCGUGGAGUACACGGUCCAUGUGUGGGCCCAGAAGGGGGACCGGGAGAGCAGGAAGGCCGACACCAAGGCCCUGACAGAAAUUGACAGCCCCCAGAACCUGGUGACCGAGCAGGUGACGGAGAACAAGGCCACCGUCUCCUGGGCCCCGGUGCAGGCCGUCAUCGACAGGUACCUGGUGCACUACACCUCUGCUGAUGGAGACACCAGGGAGGUUCCGGUGGGGAAGGAGAAGACCAGCACCGUCCUGACGGGCCUGAGGCCGGGCGUGGAGUACACGGUCCACGUGUGGGCCCAGAAGGGGGACCAGGAGAGCAGGAAGGCCGACACCAAGGCCCUGACAGACAUUGACCCUCCCCAAAACCUUCAUCCUUCUGCUGUAACCCAGUCCAGUGGGGUAUUGACCUGGACACCCCCCUUUGCUGAGAUCGAUGGCUAUAUUCUGACCUACCAGUUCCCAGAUGGCACCGUCAAGGAGGUGCAGCUUCGAAGAGGGGACCAGAGGUUUGAGUUGCAAGGCCUUGAGCAGGGUGUCACCCUGCCUGUCUCCUUGGUUGCCUUUAAGGGUGAUCGCCGGAGCAGGAGUGUAUCUACCAACCUUUCCACAGUUGGUGCCCGUUUUCCACACCCUUCGGACUGCAGUCAAGUUCAGCAGAACAGUAACGUCGCCAGUGGCCUCUACACCAUCUACCUACAUGGGGAUGCCAGCCGGCCCCUGCAGGUGUACUGUGACAUGGACACAGAUGGAGGCGGCUGGAUUGUCUUCCAGAGGAGGAACACCGGGCAGCUGGAUUUCUUCAAGCGCUGGCGGACCUACGUGGAAGGCUUCGGUGACCCCAUGAAGGAGUUCUGGCUUGGACUUGACAAGCUACACAACCUCACCAUGGGCACACCCACCCGCUAUGAGGUGAGAGUGGAUUUACAGACUGCCAACGAAUCUGCCUAUGCCGUGUAUGACUCCUUCCAGGUGGCCUCCAGCAAGGAGCGGUACAGGCUUACAGUUGGGAAAUACAGAGGCACGGCGGGGGACGCGCUCACUUACCACAACGGAUGGAAGUUUACAACCUUUGACCGAGACAAUGACAUCGCCCUCAGCAACUGUGCCCUGACGCAUCACGGCGGCUGGUGGUACAAGAACUGCCACUUGGCCAAUCCCAAUGGCAGAUACGGAGAGACCAAGCACAGUGAGGGGGUGAACUGGGAGCCGUGGAAGGGACAUGAAUUCUCCAUUCCUUUUGUGGAGUUGAAAAUCCGACCUCACGGCUACAGCGGGGAGCAUGUCCUGAGCAGAAAGAAGCGAAUGCUGGGAGAAAAUUCGAGAACGUUCUGAUGGCCCCUUUGUCUACAUACGGCACAAGAGGAGACCAGCCCAGGGUUGGGGCCAUCCGUGUAAGCGUCGGGUGGGGUGGGUAGUGAUGACUGGCUAAUGGAAGUUUGAAGAAUGCUCAUAGCCCCUGGCUUCUGAGAUGGCUGGAUAACCUGCAGGACAAAGCAUGUCACCAAGCUCUCAGUCAUGCAGCUUACUUCCCUGUCACCUGCAUUUUGCCCACGUAUAUUGGGGGCCUGAAAAUCCAUACAAAAGUAGCUGCACAGUGUGUAUGGGAGAGACAGCACUGAAGCUGCAAGGUUUUCUGUUCUGUCUUCAGUAACAAAUAUAUGGGGUUAGGGGAAAAAAAAGUGAAGAAUCAUCUAGUACUCCACUAAUUGGAAAUCUCAAAAUUGGUGUGUGUGUGUAUAUAUGUAUAUACACAUAGUUCUACUAAUACAAAUCUGUCUAAAAAGAAGCACCAAAGAGGGGUUUCUCUUU